UUGUAAACACCCAAACACCUCCACCAUGAACUCGUCAGACGCCUUGAUGGCCAUCUCCGACCACAUCCUCAACUCCAUCAACUCGCUCAAUAAGUUGGAGUACAACAAGAACGGCCGCAAGUACAAAUUUGUCAACAAUGUGUUCCAGCGCAUCAAACAAGAAGACAAGCACCUCAUCGUCAACUUGAACGAUCUUCUGAUGAAAGCAUCAGUAAUUUCUGCCUACACAAUUUUAAACUCCAUAAACGAUGGAAGACUCCUCGAGGAGUACCCUGACUUUUGCCUUUCGAUCGUGGGAGUUGCCCGUGAGCUCGAAACGAACCUGUGGUUCGAUACGUCUAAUGUGGUGUUGUAUACGCCGCAGGUAGAGUUUCCCCAAAACACCAUUCGAGAUUCCGUCAAUUUCGCCCAACGUAUUCUCCCCAAACACAUCGACAUGGGACUCAAUCUCCUUAUCGCUUCCAAGAUCAACUUUUUCCACACCGACCACCACCUUGGUAUUAAAAUUUACGGACUCUACUUGAUCAAAUUCAUGAAGGAGUACUUUGGUGAAGAUUCCAUUAAUGAUGCCGAUAUCUUGGUGGCUCUCAAGUCUUUUGCGCACUGGGGGUCAAUCAAAUGUAUACUAUAUAAGCUCCAGGUACCAAACGUGGACUUGACGGACGACGAAUUUUUGUCAUUUAAAAGUUUCCCUGACCCGUUGCCCGAGUUGAAGCAAGAAAUCUGGAAGAAGUACCCGAGCGGAACCUCGAGGUACGGCUUGUUGAAAAUGGCGUUUGUGCAUCUUAAAGACCACAAAUAUGCUCUGUUGAUCAAAUAUCCCGAUGACUCAAGGUUUGAUCUCGAGUGGCUCUUUGAGUUGUGCAAAGAUAUAGAGACAAACCCCAUACGGUAUCAUUUGCGUUCGUCGUUUAAAAGUUUGACAGAUGACCCGGUGAACUUGAAUGAGCUUUCUCAGCAGAAUGGAGAUGGGGUUAAGAACUUGCUUAACUUGACAUCGAUAUUGACCACGUUGUUUGAGUUGAACUUUGAGUUUAUAUUGAAGAACUCAAAGGUGCCCAAGUUCGAGACCAUUGAAGAGCCAGAAUUGAUCAGCUAUUACAGCGAGUUAAGCAGUAAGAUCAAGUUCUAUGAGCAGAAGGAGUGGACCACGGAAGACAUUAUCAUGAGAUUGAGCACGGGAGGUGGGUGUUCGUUGCAGAGCAAGAUCGAGCACCUGUUGGAGAAGUGGAACUUGAGAGAGUUAUGAGUGACUGUGUUUACGUCAUAAUAUUAAAGAUGAGUAAUGUCUUGAGUUUAUAGCCUGUAGGUACACAAUAACUUUUGGGAAUAGCUAUCUAGAAUAAAUAUAGAAGGACUCAUGGAUGACUUAUCUUCUAUCAAAACCACGGUAACUUGUUGUUAUUGUCCCACACAACCUCUCCUUUCUUCAAAUGAUCUUGGUCUUUUGCAACCAUCAUUUGCAUGGCACUUCUCGAAGCGUUGGGAAUCACCGUACCCACACUAUUGAGAUCAACUCCCGUAGGUUGGAGCUCGCUGCCCCAAACCUCCAUCUUCGUGAAGCCUUCACCGUAAAACUGGAUGUACUCUUUCAAGUACCCAAGCAACUUGAGUCUCAAGCUCUGGUGAUGGCCAUCACAAACAUGAAUCAACAAAACCUUCACCACAAACUUCUCUGGCGUCCAAUCGAAAGUCCAAACUAUGAACCCCAAUAACUCGCCCUUGUUUUCCAACUUGAACCCAAAGAUCUCAGGUCCCACAGUCUUGAAAAGCGAAAACACCUGGUCCAUCUUACCAAGAUCAAUUUUCAACUUUAGAUCGUGUACCUUUCCGUGCACAUACUUGGCUCUCACGUGAUACCAGUCGAAACUUCUAUGGUCUGGUACAAUGGUCAAGUGGGUUUUACCAUCGGUUCUAGUUCUGGCUUCAAUGUCUUGUAAACUAUGCUUUCUGUAUACGUUCAUCACGUCUUCAAACUCUGCGAAGCCAAGCGGCACCAACAGACCCUCGGGAACUUCAACCCCUUGAUGGCCAGUAAAGCGGGUCGGGGUUUCGUGGUCUACUGGAAUCACCACUACUGGCACUUCCAUCGACACAAACCCACUCUCAGCAUAGAACUCAUCCACCUCAGAAUACAAAAACAAAAACCCAUCCUCCAACAAUUCAGCCUGACAUAAGUCCACCAACUUGUUGACCAUAAUCCUGGCAUAACCACGUCUUCUAUGCUGUUUGUAAGUGAAGACACCACCAAUACAACCACUUCUAACCUUCCGGUGCACAACCUUCCCAUCGACCUUAUCGUACACCAACGCGUCUCUAAUAAGCAAUUCAAUGGAACACAAGGCCUCACUGGGGUUGUUGAUAUCCUUUAACACAUAAACUCUCAAGUCUUGUGUCAUGUCGCAGUUCCCAAGAAGACGCUCUCUGAACGUGUACUCCUCGGAUGUCAAUAUACCUUUCCAUGCCUGGGAGUUUUGGAGACGGGUGAAGUCAACGAGUUCGCCGUCAUGGUUGAUCUGUUCGAGUACGUAGUUGUUGGGGUCUCCUGCGGUCAUUAUUGUGGGAUUACAGGAGGAAGCUGAUAAUGAGAUGC